AUGGCCACAGAAGCCCCUGUGAACCUCACACCACCUGAAUGCAGCAGUGCUGUCAGCACGGCGGCUGACACCUUCAUCUGGCGGCCCAAACCACUAAACAUGCAUGUCGUAAGGCCCAAGUCUGCCAAGGGACGAACACGGCCAAGCCUGCACAUAUCCCAGGACACUGAGGUGUGCCCCAACCGCAUACCUUCUCCACCUCUAGACAUUCCCUGCGAGUCAUCAAGCAGCCGGAAACCAGGGGCCUGUACACCCAAAUCUCUGAGUCAGGGAGCUCCUGGUGAGAUCCCCGAGCUGCUGCAGCAGGUGUCUAUCGGGGCUUCCUCAUCUCUCAAUAAAUACCCAGUCCUUCCUUCCAUCAACAGGAAGAACCUGGAGAAGAGGACUGGGGAAACAGGAGCCAAAAAGGCCAGCUCACUGCAACUGAGUAGCAUCAAGGCUCAUUAUCAAGAGGAGACCUGCACUCUGAAGACAAACAAAGAAGAUUGCAAAUCUCGAGCUUGUCCCCCAGAGGAGAAAGUCAUCACCCAAACCAAGAGGUGGGACUCCUCCAGGGCUGGAAACUUAGAGGAACCAUCAGACCAAGAGCCAAGGUUGCUGCUUGCUGUCAGAUCACCAUCUGGUCAAAGGUUUGUGCGCCAUUUCCGGCCAACGGAUGACUUACAAACCGUGGUUGCCGUGGCUGAGCAGAAGAACAAGACCACCUACCCAUGCUGCAGGGUCGAAACAAUGGAGGUUCCCAGGAGAAGUUUCUCUGACCUCACCAAAUCUCUGCAAGAGUGCAGAAUCCUCCACAAGUCAGUGCUGAGCAUCUCACAGGAAGACAGGCAGGGGUGGCCCUGA